CUCUGUCUCCACGAUCGAGGUCCAGGAGGGUGAAGGGUAGAAGAAGCCACUGUAGGUAGGAAUAGGAUGGACCCAGCCUUGCACAAGGCGGCGGUGCAGGGGAGCGUGGGAAGCCUGAAGAAGCUGGUGGCCGAGAACCCCGGCAUCCUUGGUUCCAAGACGCCCCAGCAGAACACCGCGCUGCACAUCGCCGCCGAGCUCGGCCAUGCCGGUUUCGCCGAGAAGGCCCUUGCUGUGGACGACAAGCUGCUCGUCAGCAAGAACGCUGACGGCGACACGCCGCUGCACCUGGCGGCCAGGGCGGGGAAGCUGGACGUGGCGGACCUGCUCAUCGGCCGAGCCAGCGCAUGGCCCGCGGAGCAUCCGCACCACUCCCCCGCCGCGCAGAAUGGAAAGACAGGGGAACCUUCCCGGAGCUCCCCUGGCACCGCGCAGGGGCCUCUGUUCAUGGCGAACAAGGUCGGCGACACCCCGCUGCACGAGGCGGUGAAGCACGGCAGGAGCACCGUCGCGCUCAAGCUGCUGGAUGCCGAGCCCGGCCGCGGCCACGCGCUGAACGUGAAGCAGCAGACGCCGCUGCACAUCGCUGCACGGGAGGGCCUCGCCGACGUCGUGGCCAAGAUCGUCAGCCAGCCCUGGGUCCACGAGAAGUUCGUCCCCUCCGACUCCGUCAGCGGCACCGCCCUGCACCAGGCCGUCCUCGGCGGCCACGCACGCGUGGUGGAGAUCUUGCUUGACGCGACGCCGCCGGACCAGAUCGGGUUGACGGACUCGAGCGAGAACAACGCGCUGCACUACGCGGCACAGAAGAACAACGCCCGCGUGGUGAAGCUGCUGCUCAACCGGAAGGUGGACCUGGCCUACAAGCGCAACCGUGACCUGCAGUCGCCGCUGCACGUGGCCGCCUAUUACGGCUCGACGGAGGCCAUGGUGGAGCUGCUGAAGCAGUGCCCCGACGUGGCGGAGAUGGUGGACAGCAACGGCCGGAACGCCUUCCACGUCGCCAUCACCAGCGGCAAGGUGGACGCGCUCAAGCGCCUGCUCAAGCACGUCCGCCCCGAGGAGAUCGUCAACCGCGUCGACCGCGCCGCAACACGCCGCUGCACCUCGCUGCCUCCCUGUCGCGCAUCCAGUCGGCGCUGCUCCUGCUCAAGGACCGCCGCGUCAACCCCUGCCUCCUCAACCGGGACGGCCAGUCCGCGCGCAGCCUCAUCGAGAAGCGCGCCGCCUCCGAGGAGAUGGACACCUACGAGAUGUACCUGUGGAAGACGCUCAAGAAGCACGAGGCCUCCAGGUGCAAGAAGGAGCAGCUGCCUCCGAUCGCCACUUAUCAGUCGCUGCGCAGCCGGAGGGCUGGCCACGACGAGUACUACGAGCUCAGCGUCGGGACCUACACGCUGGUGGCCACGCUGA